GGCUAGGCUAAUUGGUGUGAGUGUUGGAAAUAUUUAUUUAUUAUUUAUUAUACUUGCAGUAAUAGUUUAAAACGCAAUUAAUUAAACCCAGACUAUAGGGUUUUUAACCCUUUGUUUUUUGUUUACUGUCCCGAUCUGCAACCCUAAAUCCCGAGUUUUUUGACCUCAUGUACCGAUUUAAAACAAAUCGGACCUGGCAACACUAGUUGUUACUAACCUUGAAUGUAAGUCACGAAGGUUUACAAAAUAAUUACCUAUUACCUAAGUAUUACAUUGUUUUAUUCCAUAGGUAGGUACUGCAGUCUAUUGUUUUAUAUUUUUAAGUCUAAUAAUAACCACCAUCAUCUAGUAAUAAUAUAAUCAUAUAUAAUAAUAUAUCCUAUGUACAAGUGCAUUAAUUGUAAGUAUAUUGUGUUAUCACAAUCUUAAUAACUUCCAUAAUGCCCGGUUCUUAUAUUCAACGUUCCGUUAAUAUGACUCUUAACUCAUUGAUAGUUGUUGUUCUCGAGCCACAGUAACGGUUAAGCAUUUGUGCUCAAUUUUUUCUAAUCUUUCUGAGGCGAAACUGAAAGAAGUUAUUUUUAUUGGGGAACUAAUUUUUUGAGCUGUUUUUUAAAUAUUCAAGAUAUAAUUACGAUCAAUUGAAAAACAUAUUCAGCUGUUAUUUAAUUUAAUGGCGGUUGAUUAAUCAUUGCGACAGAAAAACAUGGACAGUAAUAGAAAAUCAAUUAGUCGGUUAUUUUAUCAUACAAUUUCAAUUCUAAAAAUAAUUGAGCAGUCCAAUAACUGAAUGAGCGGUAAAAAUGAUGGAAUGGGCGGAAAAGAGAGGAGGAAAGCGUGACCUGCUCUUCUUAUACAAUAAGUUUAUUUUAGCUGCUACUAAGCAAAUUCUAUGACAUUUUAAUUACUUAAAUAUGUCUCGAAUUACGAAUAAAAGUUCCUAUUAUUUUAUUAUAUACAAUUUGUUUUAUUUAAUUCCUUCUGUCAAAGCAAAAGUAAUUUAAUUUUUCAUUACUAUUUAAGUACUGUUUUUUUAUUUUAUUCUAAUACCUCAUUGUUUAUAGAAUUGCUUAAAAUGAGAUUUCUUACCGACAAUUCCGAUUUAUUACUGCCCACACGUAACCGCACGUUCAAUAAUUUUUACCGCCCAUUUAAUUAUUUCCUGCAAAAAUAUAUAUUCACUAUCGAUUACAUAUUUUUUAUUACUCAUUUUUGUUUACUUUACUGCUUAGUUUUAAUUGCUGAACUAGAUAUUAAACGUGCCAUUUAUAAUUUUUAACUUAACAAAACUGCUAUUUACAGCUGCCUUUUUAAAUCAGUACCUUUUUAUUGGACCACAAACCAAAAAAAUGUUGAAAGGUGAGGUCUUUCGGAUACUGAAAGAUCUGCUUGGAAUUCACUACGACUUGUUAAAGAGUUUUUGGGCAACAAAAAAUAAAAUUACAAACAAUUGCUGAUUUAUUACAUAAUUUUCAACAAAUGGGUGUCAACAUGUCUCUAAAAUUCAUUUCCUUCAUUCGCACCUUCAUUUCUUCCCUGAAAACCUCGAAGAAGUCAGCGAAGAACAUGGAGAGCGUUUUUAUCAGGAUAUGAAAUUUUUUGAUCAAAAUUAUCAAGGGCAUUGGUACCAAGCCAUGUUAGAUAAUUAUUGCUGGUCUGUUAUAAGAAACACGAACUCAAAUAAAUACAAGAAAAAAGCUAAGGCAAUUAAUUCAUUUAUAAUUUUAUUUUUUAAAGUCAUCAUUAUAAAUUAUUAUCCUGGAAACGUUUUCCGAACAUAGUUUAAUUUUUUGUCUAUUUUCAGCGUAGUUUUUAUUUAAUACCAUCUAAAUAUAAAUAUUUUUUUAAAUAUUUUUGUAGGCAUUUUUUGUAAAUCAAAAAUAACAAUUAUUUUGGAAAUGUGACGUGUUGGAUUUUUUUUCAUAUUUUUUUUUAAUCUCGGUUCAUCUCAAAUAGUAACAAAAAGCAUGUAAACUGGUAUUAUUAAUAAAACUGCCUUUUGACAAGUAUAAAAAAUCGUUUUUUAAACUCGUUCAAUAGCAGCGGAAUUUAUUAUGGUGUGCGUGAAAACUUUAUAAGAAAUGAAUACGAUAAUAAUUUUCCUAUUCGUCGUCAAGUAUCAUUUUUAAAUGUUAGGUUCUUGGAACAGGUAGUUUAUCGUAUAACGGACUUAGAAAUUCAUCCGUGAACUGAAUUCUGAACUUAAACUUACCAGCGAACUAUUAUGCAACAAACAUAGCUGAAGAACUUGCGCAUUAAGUAUGCGUAUGGAUAUUUCAAAACCCCAAUGAUCUAAUUCAAUUAAAUUUAAUAAUUCUUUAUCAUCUAAUAUAAUUGUUUUAUCAUGUUUGUUUAUCUGUACUUUGCGCUAAUAUGUAUUCUGUGGUUCUACGUGUUAGACGUGUUUCUUUUUAUCAUGACAUACAAAGAUAAUAAUAUGGAUCAGUCUAUAUAACAAUUUGUAUCGGACAUUAAAUUAAAAUCUUAGACAAACCUGAAGAAGAAAUUCAAUACAUCGUUAAUUUUUAUUAACAUAAUGUUAAGAGUUUAGAAUGUGUUGUGAGAGUACCGUAUUUUGUUUUUAAAAUUGUUGGAGGACAAUGUCAAAGAAAAUAACUAAAGAAUGGUGUGUGGAUACUGUGUGGGGAAAAGUUGCCAUGGUAUCCUGGGGAGAUCCGGCCCGCCCCCCAGUGUUGCUGCUGCACGGAUUUCUGGACACAGCUGCAACUUUCAUACCUCUGCUGGAACAUCUCCCAGACACCUACUAUUAUGUUGGCUACGAUAACCCAGGUCACGGCAAGUCAGAUCCCUACCCCAUAGGACCGCUAGCUACACAGGUCACACUCAUUGAAGUCAUUCGUGCUGUGGCGUCACAUUUACAAUGGAAUAAGUUUAUGAUGAUUACACACUCCAUGGGUUUUAUUAAUGCAAUAUUCUACCACAGCGUGUAUCCCGGCAGGAUCACCAGCAUGGUGAACCUGGACCCGCUGCCCGCCAUAACCAACUACUACGCCUUGCAGGAGUUACCCGCGACAUGGUUCGGCUACUUCUACGAAUCCCACUGGGAUGAAUUUGCGAAAUUCAAUCGCCAAAAUAUGGUGAGGAAGAUAACACAGUUCCCCGUUUUACGAGACAUGCUGGUACACACUAUAACCCAUAAUCCGCCGCGAAUGCUCAACCUAGUAGCAACACACCGCAGCGACUCAUUAGGUCUCUUCUAUAACGCUAUAUACCCGAACAAAAUCAGCAAGUUCAUAUUGUUCGAUCCGAUGCCGUCCCUGCUAGGGAUGUAUCAUCCCGAUCCCGUACAGUAUUACAGCAUGUUCUAUGAAAAGUAUUACAGUAACUACAGGGAACACAAUAGUAAUAACCAGACGACAAGCAAGAGAAAAGCCAUACAAUCUGUGAUGAGAGCUCGAGGUGUAAAUGAAAGUCAAGCCGAGUUGGUGCUUAGUAGGAAUUUGGAAAAAGUUGGAGAUAAUUCGUAUAGUGAUGUCCUGUGAAAAAAUGUCAUCUCAACGCCACCGCCAACAAUAGAGACUGUUAUUACAAUAAAAUGAAAAAACAAAAGCAGACAUAAUUACAGAUUACUUACAUUAAAAAAUCAAAAAUAUAGUACAUACAUACAUCUAUCGUAUGUACUUAUUACGUGCAAAUUUACGUUAUUAUUUUGAUUCACAAGCCUACGCAGCCUCUUAGAUUAAGUUUUUUGUUUUAUAUUAAUAAAAUAUUAAUAACUUCUCUUAUUUGUAUAUUAAGUGAUUGUCUUGUGUCUCCGUCCUUUGAUGUCCAAAUUAGGUCCCUCCAGAACAUCAGCGUUGCAGCGGCAAUCCAUUUUUGCCUUUGCAACAUUAUGCUGAGGUGAGGCCUAGUUGACGAUGGACCUUAUGUUUUAUGUGUAUUUAAUUUAAUUGUAAAUGUAUGUCGUCAAUAAAUGUUUUUCUUUCUUUCUGAUUUAAUAUAUGUACUAAGUUUCUCUAUUAAAAUACAUAAGUACCUACAUUUUUUUUCACAAAACGCUUUGUAUGACGUCCGCUUAUUAUGACGUGUUUGUCAAUUCCCUUCGAUGUCAUUAUAAACGCAUUCCACUGUAUUACUAGCUGUCCCAGCGAACUUCG